AUGCCUAUAAGUAUAGAGGACAGCACUACAGAGAAAAUAUCACCUAUACUGGAUAUAAUUUCAAGACAACUGCUUUCUUCCAAUAAAUCCAUAGAGAUCGUUCAAAAAGAUUUAUUCUAUGUUUUGAUCAUUGUUUUGAUGCUAGAAAAUGGUUUUUUACCUUUAGUUAAUAAUUCAGAGGUACUGGAUGAUGUUAAUUCCUACAAUAUUGAUCAUUUUAUGACUGGGAAGUUGCAAUCAGGAAUGUAUGAAAUCAAGUUUGUGAUGUCUGGUUUCCAUGAUUUAUCGUUUAAGCUUUUAAUCAGCCCAUUAGGUGCAUUGAUGAUAGUAAAUUUGAUUUUCAAUGAUAUAAAUGUGGAGACUUAUUCUGUUUGCUUACCAGUCAGUCGUUACAUUGUUUCUCCACAAGCUACAACAAUACCAAUGAUUUUUCGUGAGUUAAAACAUCUUUCAACUACUUUCAAGAAUAAUGUACUAUCGCCAGUUAAAAGUAAAAUUCUUAAUUAUUAUGGCUAUCCCAGUGCUAGUUUAGUAGGGCUUCCAGAUGAAAUAAUACUUUAUAACUUGUUACUUUACUUACCUGUGGCAGAUAUAAUAAGUUUGUCAAAAACUUGUAAGAGAUUAAAAGCAGUAGUGGGUACUGAGAGUUUAUGGAGGGAAAUAUUCAAAAGAGAUUUCAAAAAUAUUACUCCCCUUGUAACAAGUGAUUGGAAGAGCUCAUACAAAAAGGCAUAUCUGGUUGAGCAAGAUAACAUUUUUAGACAUACAAGUUCCAUCAGAAGCAUGUCAAACUAUCACCCUUUAUAUAUUUAUAACCCAUUGUAUGAUGUCAUUUGA